AUGGUAGAAAAUUUGAAGGCAGCAAAAGACGUUCUAACAAAAAUCGAGUCCGUUAAAUAUAAGACCCAAGACGAAAAUUUCGAAAUUGACGACUCCUUUUGGGAAUUCAUCGACAGCUAUUGCCUCGUAUUUAGUCCAUUGCAAAAAGCUAUAAAAAUAUUUCAAGAAGAGCAACUUCACUAUGGUAAUUUCUACGCACAAUGGCUCAAAUGCAAAAUAUGCACGGAAAAAAUUAUUAAAGAUUCGAACCACCCACUAAUUAAAACAAUUGGUGAUAUGAUAUUGCAGUCCUUUGAAAAAAGAACAAACACGUUAAUGCGCAAUAACAGUUUGAUUUCAUGUUUGUAUUUGGAUCCUCGGUUCCAUCACACCUUAACAGCGAACCAAAAAAUGGAAGCAACACAAUAUUUAAAAACAAUAUGGGAUAGAAUUAAUGAAACUAACCCUGGCGGCAUUGCGCAUUCAACUCCGAAUUCAAGUGCACAUCAAACACCCAACCAAUUUUUUGAUGUUGAAGAUGAAUUAUUAAACGAAUAUUUAUCGCAAGGUAUUGAAGCUAACGUUGGUACUGCUACCGAUGUACAUACAAAAAUUAAAAAUCUGCAGCUACCAAUCCUAAGAAGUGACGCAAACGUUCUAAUAUUUUGGAAGGAAAAGCAGUUUACUGAUCCAGAGAUGUACGCGUUAAGCAAUGUCUGCUUUGCAAUACCACCCACUCAGGUGACGAUUGAACGUGCAUUUUCCAUGCUGAAGCUAAUACUAACGGACUCCAGGAAUCGUUUAAGUGAGGAAACAUUGGAAAACAUAUUGCUA